UACAACUAACUCACAGAACGCAGUCAUGCCAACUUUUCGAGCUUCCCAUUGAAGCGAAGCCUUCUUAUUCUAUCCAUUUUCCCUCUCCUCUGGUAUCAUUUAGGGCAAGAUUCAUCUUCUUCCAUGGAGCAGCAAUCCUUGAUCUACAGCUUUGUUGCGCGCGGUACUGUGAUUCUCGCAGAGUACACGGAGUUCACCGGGAAUUUCACCACUAUAGCCUCGCAGUGCCUCCAGAAGCUUCCCGCCACCAACAACAAGUUCACUUACAAUUGCGAUGGACAUACCUUCAACUAUCUCGUCGAUGAUGGAUUCACUUACUGUGUGGUUGCAGUUGAUGCUGCUGGCAGACAGAUCCCUAUUGCAUUCCUUGAACGAGUAUGUGAGGAUUUCGUGAAGAGAUAUGGAGGUGGGAAGGCCAUGACAGCAACUGCCAAUAGCCUGAACAAAGAAUUUGGGUCUAAACUGAAGGAGCAUAUGCAGUAUUGUGUGGAGCACCCCGAGGAGAUCAGUAAGCUUGCCAAAGUGAAAGCACAGGUUUCUGAAGUCAAAGGAGUAAUGAUGGAGAACAUUGAGAAGGUUCUUGAUCGUGGAGAGAAGAUUGAGCUUCUGGUGGAUAAGACAGAAAACCUUCGAUCUCAGGCACAAGAUUUUAGGCAGCAAGGAACCAAAAUGAGGAGAAAGAUGUGGUAUCAGAACAUGAAGAUAAAGCUGAUAGUUCUUGCGAUCGUAAUUGCGUUGAUUCUGAUAAUCAUUUUGUCCGUCUGUGGGGGCUUCAAAUGUUGAUGAAUCCUCCCCCUUGCAGCAUUAGGAUGUUGGUGAUGGUAUCAGGCUUACUCGGACAGUUUCAUACGUUGCUUGUUUAUUGUACAGAUCUUUCGUUUCCAUGUUUCUCUUAUCCAUACAUACCUAAGGACUCUGCUUUGUAUAGGUUGUGCUGUGUGGUUAUAUUCUUUUGACAUUCUGAAAGGGAAGUAGAUCAUUUGUUUGCUAAAUAAUAAUAAACACGUGGUUGUGAAUAACA